AUGAACACCACUGAGCCAGGCUCCAACUUCACCUUCACCCCCAACACAGAAAACAUCCCUCUGUCCAACCCGACAGCCAGCGCCAUCCCUCCGACCAUCUCACAGCCUCCAUCCUUUUCUUCAGACCACUAUGACCCCGAAGUCACCAUCAUGGUGGUCCUGGGCUUAUCACUGCUGCUGGCAGGGUUAGCGGCCUUCCUGGCCGUGUGCCGGCCCUCGGAACAGGACGGGGACUCGGAGGCGAGCUGUGGCCCAGGGGAGAGCUUGACCCGCGGCAGAAGCCAGAACAGCGAGCCCCAGCUCAAGGUGUGGAAGAGGCUGGGCUCCUAUCGGCGAUCAUACAACCUCUCCUUCAGACGACCGCCCUAUCGCAGGCCGCAAGAGCGCGAGAGCAUACAUGUUUCCCAGCCUGCAGCCCGACAGACAGCCCAGCCAGAGGCCAACAUGGAGCCCCACCUCACUAUGCCUUGCCUCUUUGACUAUGUCACCGAAAUCUGACUCGAAGGCCAGGCUGAGGGCCGACUGACUGCUCCCCAAUACAAGUGACACACUGUUUACUUUAUGGUCUAAGGGUAUGGGCGGUUGGAGGACAUGAAAACAUACUUUGCAUGCUACUUGGAUUAGGUUUGCAACA